GUCUAGUUGGUAUAGAGGAACUUGCAAACAUAGGACGAUAGUAUCAAGUCUGCGUUGUUUUGAUGGACAAAGUCUCUCAACAACUCGGCGGCGCGGAGAUGCUAUUAUUCAAUCAUUCACUGCCAUUGCAAUUUUCCAGAAAAGUCUCUUAAGAUCGUGCAUUGAGCACCUUGUGAGGUUCUACAAAAUUGGAUCGGUCUACUCUCUUUUCUAGAUUUGAUUGAAUCUUCUAGAUACUGCUUUUCAUUUCCUCACCCUACCCUGGACUGCUUCAUUCUUGCGUGUUCGAGAGAUUCUCUUAUCCUGUACGUUUACUUCGCUCCCGAUACUUUCCAAAAGUUAGAAAGCUUCAAAUUUUUGCAUAGCCUCAUCUAAACUUUUCAAAAAUCUGGUCUCUGUCAGAGCGCCACAUACCCAGACGAUCUACAGCUGACCUUCAAGGAGCAUCGCAAUGGCGAAUCCACAAACUUCUCCCAAUUUCCCAACUCCUGCCAACGAUUCCACGGAGCCUUUCUGGCAUUCUGAAAAGCAUCAUCUUCAUGAUUAUAGAAGUACCGAUAUUCUACCAGUCAAUGAAAUCAUUGAUGUCGUUAUCAUCGGUGCAGGCUAUGCUGGAGUAGCCACGGCAUAUAAUCUUGUCAAAAAUGGCAUUUCAUCCAAUUUUCCUAACUUAUCUGUCAUGAUUCUUGAUGCAAGAUCUGUCUGCUCUGGUGCUACUGGAAGAAAUGGUGGACAUCACCGUCCAGAUCUCUACGGUCACAUCCCAAAAUACAUCAAUAGAGCCGGUGUGAGGGCUGGUGCUGAGAUUGCAGAGUUUGAGAUUGCACAUGUUCAAGCGUUGAAAGAGCUCAUUUUACGCGAGAAGAUUGACUGUGACUUCACCUUGACCAGAACAUGCGAUGUGUGGAACAAUCAAGAUGCUGCUGAUGAAGCCAAGGCUGUUUUUGAUCGGCUGUGCCUGAAACCAGAAUUAUCUUAUAUGGAAGAUGUUCAAUUUACCACUGGUAAAGAUGCUGAGACUAUCUCUGGUGUUAAAGGCGCAAAAGCUUGUUCGACUUGCUCUGCUGCCACCUUGUCUCCAUACAAGCUUGUUACCUCUCUUCUUGCUUCCGCCUAGCAACUGGCUCCCUCAACCUCCAAACCAAUACUCCUGUUAUUUCAAUCAAACAAUCAGCUCAUGGGGACCACUUAGUCGAAACUCCUCGCGGAAUUGUUCGAGCCCGGAAGGUAGUCCACGCAAAUAAUGCCUAUGCUUCUGGUCUUCUCCCUGAGUAUGCCAAGAACAUUAUUCCAUGCAAAGGUAUCUGCUGCCAUAUUACGGUUCCCAAAGGUGUCACUGUACCUCUCAUCGAACACUCCUAUAUCGUCCGCACUGAAGAUGGGAUUCUCGACUACCUUAUUUUUAGGCCUGACGGAAGUAUCAUUGUGGGUGGAGCUUCAGCAACAUUUCGUCCUCAUAAAGAUCAAUGGUAUAAUAAUGUGGAUGAUGGAAAACUGAUUGAAGCACCCAUGGAAGAGAGAUACUAUGAAAACUUUAUGCAGCGUACCUUUCACGGAUGGGAAAACUCCGACGCUAAGAUUGAGAGCAUCUGGACAGGUGUAAUGGGGUACUCCUUCGAUUCAAACCCUCACAUUGGACUCGUACCACAAAGAUCUGGAAAUUUCAUUAUCGCAGGAUUUAAUGGCCAUGGUAUGCCUGUCAUUUGGCUUGCGGCAAAGGGAUUGGCCGAGAUGUUGAGAACUGGAAAGUCUUUUGAAGAAGUUCGUGUUCCUAUGCCUCUUCCUAGCUUAUUCAAGACAACACAAGAUAGAAUUGACAGAGCUCAAAUUGGACCUGAGGGUGGCGAUAUUCUCAAUUGAGAAGAUGAGUGAGAGAUGAACUUUAGCUUGAGAAAUUGUAAAGCUGAUUAGACAGAAUCUUUAUAAUAACACAAAGAUAUUCCACGUUCACUCUUUAAAUCAUGUUCUUUUGCGA